GCUGUAGUUCUCCAGUCUAAGGCUAACUUGGUCUGGUAACUUGUUAAAGACGUGAGGCAUAAUGUUGGCGUGUAAUACGCGUGUUGGAACUUUUGUCCUGUGUUUACUUAUUUCUUUUACAGAGAUCAGUCAAGGAAGUGAAAAUCAACCAAGCAGCGUAAAUGAAGAUACCUUGAAGCUGUUUAGGGAACACAAAUUUAGAAACAAGCGUGCUGGGAACGUGCAGUGUGGCACGAGAAAGGCCGGUUCCAGAAUUGUAGGGGGCACAGACGCGCAACCGGGGUCUUGGCCGUGGCAAGUGUUAUUGGACAAUAAGGCGUUUCAGGGCCCUGUUUGGUGUGGAGGAUCCAUUCUUACCCCAUACUGGGUCAUUACUGCAGCUCACUGUUUUAAUAACGGAAAAGAUCCCGCGUCUUUUAAACUGACCGUUGGUAAGGACACACCUCUUUAUCGCACUGUAAUGUCAUAAUAACAUCAUAGUAAAAUGUUUA